AUGGAGGAGCAGGUUGCAAAUGCCAUAGAAAUCGCCGGAAACCCGUCGUCAGACCAGGCGCUUAAGGCGCAAGCUUUCGAUUACAUUAGCCAGCUUCGAUCAGACCCGUCAGGAUGGCAGCCCUGUCUCUCGAUUUUUACAAAGUCUCCCCGGCACUCCGAGAUUGUACGCCAUGUAGCCCUGGAGAUCGUCAACGGUGCCACACAAUCGGGCCAGAUGGAUUUACAGAGCCUUGGAUUCAUCAAGGAUAGUCUUAUGGCUUAUUUGCAGGAGAUGUACGGGCCCGGAUCUACAAAUGAGCCAGACCAGGCGAAUAUCCAGAACAAAAUGGCCCAGACAAUCACAUGCCUCUUCUCCGCCCUCUAUGCCAAUGGAUGGGAUACCUUCUUCGACGACAUCCUCCGUUUAACCUACAAAUCCCCAGACAACCCGGCACGAGACAAUGUCUUGGGGACAGUCUUCUUUCUCCGAGUUAUCAACUCCAUCCAUGACGAGAUCGGGGAUGUGCUACUUUCCCGCUCGCGGGCGGAGCAAGAUAGGGCAAACACGCUGAAAGAUCUUAUUCGCGAGAGAGAUGUACAGAAGCUAGUUGCCUCGUGGCAGGAGAUCUUAGGCCAAUGGCAGGAUCAGGACAAUGUAAUCACUGCAAUGGUUCUCAAAGCAAUCGGAAGCUGGGUCAGCUGGAUAAAUAUCUCUCUGGUGGUGAAUCAGGGCAUGCUCGACCUUUUAUUCCACCAGCUUGCGAAAGCCAAGGACUUGGGUCUGAGUGGUGGAGGGGAGAGGGUCAGGGACGCCGCAAUUGACGUCUUCACGGAGAUUAUUGGAAAGAAAAUGAAGCCAUCUGAUAAAAUCGACAUGAUAGUUUUCUUGAAUCUGGAAAGUAUCGUCUCUCAACUCUCUACAAGCCCACCGCUACAUGAAUACCGAUUCACUUCGAAGUACGAUACAGAUCUCGCAGAAACAGUGGCCAAGCUUGUAAACAUCACAGCUCUGGAUAUCGUCAAGGCGCUCGAAACAGAUGGAAUUGAUGCUGGAACGAAAGAAAAGGCCGAGGCUCUACUCCAAGCCUUUUUGCCCCAUGUCUUGCGAUAUUUCUCCGACGAAUAUGAUGAGAUAUGCUCGACAAUCGUACCAUGUGUAAAUGACAUGCUCACCUACUUCCGGAAAGUUUCAAAGAAGAAUCCCGAACUAGCGGCUCAGCAAACUCACAUGCUGCUGCCAGUUCUCAAGGCUAUUAUCCAGAAAAUGAGAUAUGAUGAAACAUCUAGCUGGGGAAGUGAGGAUGACCAGACCGAUGAAGCAGAAUUUCAAGAACUGCGGCGAAGGCUGAAUGUUCUACAACAGAUAAUCGCAUCAACGAAUGAGCAGCUCUUUAUAGAAGUUGUUACUGAUGUGGUCCGAUCUACAUUCUCUAACCUAAGACAACCUGGGGCACAGCUAGACUGGCGUGACCUUGAUCUAGCUCUUCAUGAGAUGUUCCUCUUUGGAGAGAUUGCUAUGAAAUCUGGGGGACUAUAUAACAAGCAAAAACCAAAUAACCCGGCAGCUGAGCGAUUGAUUGAAAUGAUGUUAAUAAUGGUUGAGUCCGAUGUACGCUCUUUCAACCAUCCUGCAACACAACUACAGUAUAUGGAAAUUUGUGUGCGGUAUAAUGCAUUUUUUGAGCACCAUUCACACCUUCUUCUCGGAGUUUUGGAAGGGUUCCUUCGCCUUGCCCAUCACCAGAUGUUAAAGGUUAGGACCAGAUCAUGGUACCUAUUCCAUCGCCUGGUUAAGCAUCUUCGAGCUUUCCUCGGGAAUGUUGCGCAAACAGUUAUAGAAGCUCUCGGCGAUCUACUUACAAUCCACGCGGAAGUACCCGGUGAAAACUCGGAUGGAGAUGACAUGUCCUCAGAAGAUAUUGGAGGACCCCCGGAUACUGUUUCUACCAGCCAGCUGUGGCUCUUCGAGGCCAUUGGAACUAUCUGUUCUACAGCAAUAUCUGUCGACAAACAGGUCUACUUUGCACAGUCGAUCAUGAACCCGAUUUUCAUGGAUAUGGAGAAGAAUUUGCAGGCUGCCCGAGCAAACGAUGAGCGCGCUAUAUUGCAAAUUCAUCAUGAUAUCAUGGCUCUCGGUACUCUUGCCAAGGGUUACUCCGACUGGAUGCCUGGUUCCACCUCUCCUCAGACACCACCACCUGCAGAAGUGUCGGAAGCGUUUGGUCAGGUAGCGGAGGCAACAUUAGUUGCUCUCGAGUCGCUAAAGUCUUCGUUCACCAUCCGAACUGCGGCCCGUUUCACAUUCUCUAGACUCAUUGGCGUUAGAGGAGCAAGAAAUCUGCCGCAACUACCCAGAUGGAUUGACGGCUUGCUUACCUCAACUUCCUCGAAGGACGAGAUGGCAUUAUUCCUUCGGUUAUUAGAUCAAGUCAUCUUCGGGUUCAAGUCCGAAAUUUAUUCGAUCCUCGACACUUUGUGGACGCCUUUCCUACAGCGUGUAUUCGCUGGCAUCGCAGAGCCAAUUUCUGGCACUGAUGACGAAAUCCAAUUAGCAGAACUGAAAAGAGAAUACCUUAACUUUUUGCUCAUGAUAUUAAACAAUGAUCUUGGUUCUGUGAUAAUUAGCAGUUCGAACCAAUCGAUUUUCGAAACGGUCAUUUCAACCAUUGAGCAUUUCGCCAAAGACGCCGAUGACUUCCCAACUGCGAAAAUGGCAUUCCUUGUCCUGGCCCGAAUGUCUAGCCUCUGGGGUGGCCCGGAUAUUGCGCCUCCUUCAAACGGCGCUGGCGUAACCCAGUCAGAACCGGCAUUGCCUGGGUUUGCACAGUUCAUGAUAACUCGUUUCUCCCCUCUCUGUUGGGCAUUGCCAAUGAAUUCGUCAUUUAAUUCGAAAGACGCCCAAGCUAAACAAGUCCUCGGUGAAGCGGCAGCCAUGCAAAAAGUGAUAUACUCCAAGACCGGGCCCGAGUACCUCCAAUGGCUUCGAGAUUCCGAAUUGCCCGGGAUGGGCAUGGGCUCAGACCUUAUCAACGAAUAUUUAACGUCCUUAGAGCAGCUAGAUGUAAAGGCUUUUCGACAGUUUUUCCAGGUAUGA